GUCGUUCAAGGGGUGUCAAAGCAAUUUAUACUUCUAUAACCCAUGAAACGCUGCGUUUAAACAGGAAAAGAAAUCUCGAAUCCUAAGACGUUCGUCUUUGUCAAGAUUGUCAGUUCGCAAUUCUCAUGCGCCAGCAGCCAUGGCAGCCAAAUCAGCUGCUGCUAUGCGCAAAAAUUCACAUAGAUCGGAUCAUUUCUUCCAAAAACUUAUGAAACAUCCUAAAUUACCUUUUGCUUUCGCUUUGCUCUUCGCUGAUUCCAUCCUCGUUACGCUAAUCAUCGCCUACGUUCCAUAUACCAAAAUUGAUUGGGAUGCUUAUAUGUCUCAGGUUACUGGCUUUCUUGAAGGAGAGAGGGAUUAUAGUAACUUGAAAGGUGAUACAGGGCCUCUAGUUUAUCCAGCAGGCUUUCUUUAUAUUUACUCUGCUAUUCAAUACGUUACCGGAGGUCAAGUCUAUCCUGCUCAGGUAAUUUUCCUAUUUUUUUUCCGGAAUGUAUAAUCCUUGUUUCAGUGA